ACUGGUAUCCGGGUGCAUUUGCAGUAUUGCACGAUGCACAUGCUGCGCAACAUGAACAAACACUACGGUCUCGGCGAUCAAGCCUUUCAGAAUGCAGUCUGGAAUAUCCAGGGCGCCGAAAAGCAAAGAGAGUUUGCUGACGGUCUUGCCAAACUUCGCCGAGAUUACGGUUAUGCUGUGGCCAACUACAUAGCAUCAAUUCCUACGGACUUCUGGUCAUUGUCAUCCGCAUCGACGGUCUUGCCUUUGUUUGGAUGGAGAAGCACUAACUUUGUCGAAAGCGAGAACAGCACUACGGUAGAAAGUGGUAUCCGCGACGUAGGCCCGUAC